UGUUGCAAUUUUGCCGGAUUAUAGACAAAUGGACGCUAAUGUGAACAAUUGCAACAGGAUGCUGAAAUACAGAAACAAGAUAGAAAAAUGAACAACUAAAAGUAGAUGAAUAAUUUUAAAUUUACUUGGUGAGAAUGAGUUCAGAGAAUGAAAUAUGAUUAGUGAGUUUUUUAUUGGUUGUUUUCAAAGUAUAAGUACUUUGUUUUUUAGUUGGUUUGGCUUGAAAAUGGUCAAGUUCAGGCUAUAAAGGUGUAUGGGGAAUGGAGGUAUAAUUCCACAUAUUCAUAACUACUGGAUUAGAUGGAGCUGAGUGGUCAGUUUUACUGCCUGUCUGCUUUACCUUUGCAUCCUGAUUGCGCUCAAUUUAUCACUGAAGAUGGAGGCACCACAUUCCUCUAAAAUGUUGGUCUCCAACUAAUACUGAAAGGUUUGUCAACACAGGAGGCCACAUUCUGAACACUCAUCUGCUAGGAAAAUCAGAACGUUUAUAAUAGGUACAGUAUUUUUUAAAUAUGGGAGAAAUAACAUCAUGAACAUAUUGGAAUUGUUAUGCUAUGCAUAUAUUUCCUAAAUUGAAUUAUAUUCACAUACAUUAUGCAGAAUGACACAGCUCUAAUGUAUGUGUAAUCUGCAUUCUAGUUGUGAAACUUACUGUAAGCCCUAGCAAUACAUGUGUUAUUUCAUUAAACAGCAGCUUUCUUAUUUUGUGUAAUUGGUUCUAGUUUCAGCACUCAGACCAUUGCUUGAAGUGAAAAUGGAAGUAAAUCUUGUAUAGUAUAUAUAUGUAGUUUUUUUAUGUUUUCUGUUAAAAAGAUAGGUCUGUCUGUAUGCAACCUAUGAUAUACAGUGAGUAUAGAAUAUCCUGUAUCUAAAAUUACAAUGUUGAAAUAUUAUUGAAUUAUUUUUUUUAUUUAAAAUGCAGUCCUGUGUAUAAAUUCCCAUAUAUGUUACUGAAAUGGUGAAGUGUCUUUUUAUCUCUUUAUAUGAAUAUCUUGGUCGCUGGUCCCAAUGUACAGAAUGGAGAUGCAGUGUUAGUGUGUGUACAUUUGCAGCAGGUGGGUUGAGUGAAAUUAUAUGAUUCUUAGAAUAAACAACGAUUAUUUCCCUAAACAGCAUUAACCGGUUUUAUCUGUAUUGGCGAUGCAGUGUGUUAUUUUGUGAGGCAGAAUCGAUCAUCUAUAUAUACUAUUUAGAUGAACUUCAGGCUUCAAAGGGUUAAAACCUGAAGAUUCAUCACAGCUAACAAUAGUGGUGCAUUAAUGUGAAAGCUACAUUUACUAAGCUUCGUUAACUUAUUGUAUAUUAAAAGCAUAUCUGACAUGGGCACAGUAAAAGGCCAAAAGGUACUUAAGAAAUCUGAUUCAAUAUUUUCCCGGUGGGUAUAGCAUUUUUGGCAUUUAAGGGCUCAUAGGAUUCCAAAGGCAUGAAGUAUGCCAUUGACAGAAUGUCUAAAGUGUUCAGUGUACUGAAGAUGUGCAGCAGUAGUGUGCAUAUCAUGAAUAUCAAUUAUUUUUUCUAGUAUUUCAGACUGUAAAACAUUAUUUCUGGACAGGAACAGCUUAAAUAAUUUUAGUAUAAUGUUGAUUUUUGUCAAUUUUAAGAAAGCCGCUGUACCCAUGUUCCAAAGAAUGAAAUUAAGAAUUGUUGCUGUAUUGCAGAAACGUUAUCUACAUUUCUGCUAUAUGGAAGGAGGAAAUAUUUAAUUAGUUUUUACAUAUACAUGCUUUAAUGUUGCUGUAGAUUUAUUUGUGAUAAUAACAAUUCAUAUAUUAACAUGUGUUCUAUGUUUUGGGAUUUUAUAUAUAUCUUAUUGUGCUCUUAAUAUAUUGAUUUUCUGGUAUGCUGUUAUAAUGAAUCACCUCUCUUGUUUGUUGCCAUGGAAACUCAAAAGUCAGCAAGCAUCAUAUGUACAGAGUGGUGCAGAUACUAAGCAAGAGGGGGGAAAGAAAGAUUAACAGUCACAUUCUAUAUCUGAGAGAAGGAUAAUAUAAAGGAAAACAAAAUGUCGAAGAAAGACAAGAAGGCUGGAAAGAAAGGAGGAAAGAAGAAAGAAGAGCCACAGGAGACAGAUAUGAUGACAGAGGUGGAGAAAGAAAUGUUUCAAAUCCAGAUAAGUGAUUUGCUACAGAAGGUUGAAAGGAUAAAAACAAGAUGCUUGGAACUGGAAAUGAGCAAUGAAGAAUACCAGAAGAAGUAUGAGCAGCUGGAUGAAGACAGAGCUGACAUUAUUGCAUACCUCAAGAGGAUGGUACAAAAGAAAGAAAAUGAGAUUACAGAAUUGAAAGAACGGUUAGAAGGACUUCAGAAGACUCUGGAGCAAGAUAGAGGGAUGUACAAGGAGAAGAUUGAGAACUUGGAACAUGAAUUUAAAAUCAUGCAUGAGCAACUGACUUCUGAAAUCAAACUCCUCACUGGUAAACUUAAUUCGCUGGAGGAAUUCCGUCUUCAACGUGAUGACCUCAUGAAUAAAUUUAAAAUCCAAGAGCAAGAGAUGGCAGAUAAAGAACAAAGACACAAACAGGCACUGUAUGAAGUGGAGAGAAAGUUCAUUAUUGGAAAAGAUAAGCUUAAGAAGGAAAUGGAGGCAAGGCUCCUUCAGUUGUCUAUGGAUUUCCAAGACGCUACACAUAUUCGAAUUGCUGCAACCACACACCGAGCAAUAAGGGAGAAUAUUGCUGUUAACAAUGAGUUAGAGAAGAUGCUGGAGACACAGAGGAAUUUAAGAAAGGAAAAUGAAAUGAUGAAAGAGAGAGACAGGCAAUUGAAUCUUGAAGUCCGUUUGCGUGAAGAGGAAAGGGAUAUUGUACUUGCUAAGAACAUGGUACAAAAUAAGCUGAUCAACCGUUUGUCAACUGAAUAUGAUGAAAUGGCAAGGAAUAUUGGAAGCAUGCAGAACUCUGCGCAACGUGCUGUAGAAGUGGAGCAACAAGUGCAAGAGACCAGGCAGUUUCUUGACAGAGCAGUGAGGCAAAUUGCAGUCCUGGAAGAGAAACUGCAGGCAACAGAAUAUGAGAAGAAUGAAUCAAUUUCUAAGCUGCUGCAAUCAAAUAUAGAGACCUACAAGUUACAGAAAAUUCUCCAUGCUGCUGUUAAAUCUGUCAAGGAAGCUUUAGAGAUUCAGACGCAUCCUAGUUCUGAUGAAGCCUUCAACUUGAGUCUCAGAGAGAAUCUUCUUAACAACUUAUUACAGAUGCUGAACACAGCUGACUUUCUAGAAUUUGAGAAAAAUGAGGAAAAGUUGGUAUCACUGAUGAAGACCUCAGCAAUGUAUGUGAUUGGAGAUCUGGGUCUUGUACCCAGGAGUUUGUCAGAUGUUGGUUCUCAUUAUACAGUUGGGUCUGACAUACUGAUGGAGUCAGUAAAUGCAAAUGUGGAGGACUGUCAUCAUUCAAGCAAGAUGGAAAUGGGAUCGAAUAAAUUUGAUACAUCCGAAGAAAAGUUUCUGAGGCUGGCUAAAGAUGAGAAAUCAGAAAUAGGUUUUAAAAAAGAGGAAGAUUCCAAAGUUUCUUUUAAGUCUGUUACAGAGAAAGGCUCCCAGGAAGAGUUUGGGGGAAAAAUUACAGAACCACUAAAUGGUGAAAUUAAGCAGGGUGGAGGGGAGACUGCAGAACCUCAGUAUCAAGGUGAAUUUUUCUGAAGCAGAGAGUGAAAAUGUAGAUUGUGAUUCUUCCAUAUGAGGGUAGGAUACUUGAGAAUGAGAGAUCUCCAAUUUUUUCAGUCUCAUCGUGGAAAAGCAAUUUACAAAUCUGGUUUUGUUUAAGGCAUUAUAACUCUUAUAUACUUAACUGUAUUGUUUCUUUGUACCUUUCUGCAAAUAUUAUGCUUUUGGACAUUAUUGAUUGUCUUGUCUAUGUAAAACCUGUCCUGUUUAUUUUUCAAAACAAUGUUUCAGAGACUGGAUUCUGUUCCCAUCUUCAGGUAAAACCUACUCAUUUGGGCCCAAUUGAUACAGUUAGUCACUAUCUUCAGACUAGCUCUAUUGAUUGGGCCCAACUGAGUAAGUUUUACCUGAAGAUGGGAACAGAAUCCAGACUCAGAAACGUUGUCUUGAAAAAUAAACAGGACUAUUUUUAGAUAAAGACGAGAUGAUGGAUAAUGUCCAAAAACAUAGCAUUUUUACUAAUGUACCAUCAUCAUAAACUUUUAGAUCAUAUCUCUGUACCUUUAUUAUACAUUAGGGUUUUGGCACUAACACUUAGAGAAACGAUUAAUUUGUGUUUUUAAAAUUGAUGCUCCUGUCUGAUGUCCUUACAUACUGUUUGUAGCAUCUGCAUUUCACAUAUUACAGUGAUCACAUUGAUACAUAUUAUGACUAAUUUUGUGAUUAAAGAUAAACUUGUGAAACUGUAUCUGUUGCUAAGAGAGUUAAUUAACAUUUUAAUAUUAAAGAUAUGUAUAUUGUUUGGUACAGUGACCUGAAUUAUUUUAGUUUCCUACAGAUUCUCUACAGUAUUGCCUCUAACAGGGGUACACAUUCAGACAUCACUCAUGGAGCUGAGUCCUUCUUGAGAAGCCACCGAUUGUGCAGCUACUCAGGAACUUUCCAGCAUUUU